AUGAUAACUUGUGAAUGCCUACAAGGCACAAAGGAUAACAAAGGUUAUCCUUGUCUGACUGAAUUUCUCCUCGAUUAUCUCCAACACUAUUCCUACACCGAGAUUCAUAUCGUUGUAUACCAACAAGAUCAGAAGAUAUUAGAAAAGGCUUUCCUAUCUCUACUGAGAAGCGGAAUAACGGCAACUGUGGUCAUGCUUCGCCCGUCCGGGGUCAUCCCAGUGGCCUCCUCCGGUGACGGGACAGAAGGGUCAACGAUGCUCCCCAAAAAUUUCGCUUUCCUGACCUCCGGCGAAAUGCCAGUUUUCCUGACGACGUUCGGCACGAUCUCCUCACUUCAGGAUGCCUUUGACUGGAGCUUCAGCAGAGCAUCGCGUGAAGCGACCUGGGUAUUCAUUGGUCAGGACAUGAAGUCCUUCCUGUCAAAAGAUAGUUAUUUUCCCUUGGAUAACAAGAUCAUCUUUGCCCAGUGGAAUAAUCAGAACAACAGCCGGACUGCAAAAAUUGACCUAUGGGAGGCGUAUCAAGCUGCUCCUCAUUUGACCAAAAUAGCAACGAAAGUUGGCUACUGGGGAAGUCCUCUUCGACAUAACUCCAAUCCCUCAUCAUCAUCAUUUGGGUCUCCUCCUGCUUUCAAGUUAACGACUUUGGAUCGAGGAGCCAACUCGACGAAUGUGCCCGAAGAGAAGAAAAAGGAAACGGGAGCAGAUUAUUUUUUUCCGAGCGGCAACAUCGAACCGCGUCGGAAUGAUCUGACGGGACUCCACAUCAGAUGUCUCACAGAUACUUGGGAGCCAUUCACCGACAACCAGCCGGAUGCAGAAUAUGGCGUCAAAAUAGGUGGUUUUAUGGGGCAAAGUUUCGACGUCAUAAGAGAUUUGCUGAACUUUACAUACACCUGCCGUCAGGCUCCUGACAGACAGUUCGGUGACAAAAUUAACGGUUCUUGGACGGGUCUUGUUGGCGAGCUGCUAAAUGGCAGAGGUGACGUCAUCGUCACGGCUCUCGAUAGCACGUACGAACGAACGCAAGUAAUCGAUUUCUGCCUGCCAUCGGGAGUCAUUGAGUACGGUUUAAUCAUCCGCCGCCCUGAACCCGAAACUUGGACGAACUACACGCGCAUAAUGGACCUGAGCGCCUGGCUUGUUUACCUGUGCUAUAUAGUGAUUUCCUGUCUCCUCUACCACAUUUUUGUUGUUUGGGCGGACCACGGCCAGACCCAGCCCUUAGCUGACUCUGUCUUUGAUAUAAUGUCGCUACACGUUAAUCAAGGAGACAUAGCUGUAGAGGGAGCAUCCAAACGCAUCUUCUUGUUCGUCGUCGUCAUGACGUCAUGGCUGACUUUGACCUUUUACACGUCAGUCCUCAUCUCCUCCUUGACCAUCCCGCUCAUCAAUCCUCCGUUCAAGGACAUUGCCGGACUUCUGAAGGUCAAGUCCUAUGAUAUGGGCCUCCAGAAGGGUAACUCUGAGGUUGAAAGAUUUAGAACUUCGAAAGACCCCGCCAUCCAGGAAGCGUGGUCCAAAAUUGUCAUGCAAAAUCCAGCCAACUUGGUUCAAACGGCCGAGGAGGGCAUUAGGAGGGUCAUGGAGGAGAGCUUCGCCUUCUUCCUGGAAAGUGGUUACUACUUUUAUCAUAACAGUAACAAUUGUUCCAUCAUUCCCGUCGGAGGAACAGUGUUUCGCUAUGGAGCAGGAAUAGCCGUCCAAAUGGAUUCUCCUCUCCGUCUUAUCUUAAAUUAUCAGUAA